AUGGCAGCAAAGCCAAACAGGUGGUGGAUGUGGCUCAUUGUGGCAGUAGGAGGAGUCAUUAUCAUCUUGUUCUUCUUCUUAUGCUAUGCAAAAAUAAAUAAAAAACGCGUAGCGGAAGGGGAGAGAAAAAGGAAACAAAAUAUGCUCAUACAAGAACUUGGAGGUAAUGCAAUACCUUCCACUGUACAUGACAACACGAAGAAUCAAAACAACGAUGGGCAAACUAGCCAUGAGUUGCAUGUUUUUAGCUUUGAAAGCUUUACCAUUGCUACAAGUAAUUUCUCAACCGAAAAUAAAUUAGGAGAGGGUGGUUUUGGACCAGUUUAUAAGGGAAAAUUACCCAAUGGACGAGAAAUAGCAAUAAAGAGACUUUCAAAAAGUUCCGGACAAGGAUUGGUAGAAUUCAAGAAUGAAGUUAUUCUCAUUGCCAAACUCCAACACACUAAUCUCAUAAGACUUUUAGGAUUUUGCAUUCAAGAAGAAGAAAAUAUACUAAUCUAUGAGUACAUGCCCAACAAAAGCUUAGACAUCUUCCUAUUUGGCAUUGCUCAAGGACUUGUUUAUCUUCACAAAUAUUCAAGACUAAGAAUUGUUCACCAAGACUUAAAAGCUAGCAACAUUUUACUUGAUGAAGAGAUGAAUCCAAAAAUAUCUGAUUUUGGGUUAGCUAGAAUAUUUGGAUUGAAAGAAUCAGAAGAAAACACAAAUAGAGUAGUUGGAACGUAUGGUUAUAUGUCCCCAGAGUAUGCCAUGAAUGGUGUUGUUUCAAUAAAAACUGACGUUUUUAGCUUUGGAGUUCUACUAUUAGAAAUUGUGAGUGGCAAGAAAAAUAAUAGUCGUUAUCUUUCUGAUCAUCCACUCAACCUUAUAGAAUAUGCAUGGAAAUUAUGGAAUAAAGGUAAGGAUUUAGAGCUAAUUGACCCAACAAUAUUAGAUGAUUCAUGUAGUCUAUAUGAAGUAUCGAGAUGCAUUCACAUUGGUCUCUUAUGCGUACAAGACCAAGCAAUAGAUAGACCGACCAUGCUGAAUGUUGUUUCUAUGCUUUCAAAUGAAACUCUUCAACUAUCUCCUCCAAAGCAACCAAUUUUUUUUAUUAACACAUUUGUGGAAGAGAUUUUGGUUUCUGAAAUUAAGCCAGAAAGUUGUUCCGUAAAUAGUGUCACGGUUUCUAUGAUGAAACCUAGAUAA